AUGUAAGAAAAACCUCAAUUAAUAUUGUGCACAGAAGAAAAUAUGGAUGAUUACAAAGAACCUAAUUUAGAGGAAAGUGUUGAAUUUGUAGAAAUAAAACAUGAUUAUUGUGAUUCAAGACCAUAAAGACAUAGUCUCCCUGAAAGUUUAAGUUAAAACAUUUUGACAUAAAUUCAUGAACUUCAUGAGUUCUUACCACAUAAAGAAAUGUAAAUCAAAGUAUAAGAAAUUACAAAAAAAGAAAAUAGAAAAUUCACAAUUAGAGUUUAUUAUUUCAUAAAAAGGUUCCUUACUAAAUUAUCAGUAAGUAGAAGGCAUAAAUUAUUCUUUAAAAGCAUACAUUUUUAAAUUGUAGGUGAUAAAGCAAGUGGAGAAUUAGAAAAAUUAGGUUAAAUAAAAAAGACAGAUAAAAAAAGAAAAAGACAUGAAAAUACAAUUUCUUGUUAUAAUCCAUUAACUAGUCUAUUAAAAAUGUUACCAAUAAUAUAUCCUUAAUCAGUAUCUAAAAUAAUUUGGGAUUUAUGCUUAUGUAUAGUAUUAAUUUACUUUUUUAUUAUGAUUCCAUUAGAAUUAGCUUUCAAUAAUUCCAUUAUGUAUUUCUAAUCUAUUUGGUUAACUGUUCCAUUUUAUUUAUUUCUUAUUAUUGAUUAUCUUAUGAAAAUGAAUACAGUUUAUUAUGAAUAUGGAUAACCAAUAAUAGAUAGAUCAUUAAUUUUCAAUAAUUAUUUCAAAUAAGGUUUAUUAAUAGAUGGCAUUUCAUUAAUAGUAUUACUUUGUGGAUUUUUUAAUGAUUAUUUUAUUUAAAGUAGAUGGCUCAAUCUUUCAUUAAUACUUUUUAUAACUUAAUAUCAUUAUUUUGCUAAAGUAGUUAGAAAUAUGGAAGAAUCAAUUCAUUUAAGUAAAACAUAAUCAUCAAUUGUGAAUUUAGCCAAAUUAAUAUUUACAAUUCUUUAUUUUCUACAUAUUUAUAGUUGUCUAUGGUAUUUUAUAGGUUCUUAUGCUAAUGAAAUAGGAAUGGUUAAUUGGUUAGAUAGUCGUCAUUUAUCAGAAGCACCUUAUGAAACAUAAUAUUUAGAAGCUUUCUAUUUCUCUACUGUAACCAUGAUUAGUGUAGGAUAUGGAGACAUAGUACCAUUAAGUAAUAUAUAAAAGUAUUUUAGAUGCCUUAGAAAAGAUAUGUACAAUCCUUUUUAUGUUUACUACAUGUGUUCAAUUGUCAUUUAGUGUAAAUACAGUAGGAGAGAUAUUAAAUUCAAUUAGUUUGUCUACUGAAAAUACAACAGAAAAGAUUCGAAUUAUUAAUAAAUUCAUGAAUAGAAAGAAAAUCAGUUUUGAAUUGCAAUAUUAGUAAUUAAAUAAAAUAGUAAUCAUAGAAUAAGGGAAUAUAUUAAAAUAUAUUGGAGUCAAUAAUUGCAAUAAGAAAAUGAAGAAGAGGAAAAAUUAAUUACUUCCUUAUCAGAGAAUCUAAAAAAUAAAUUAAUACAUGAAGCUAAUUUUUCAAUUAUUGAAAAGUGUGAUUUAUUUCAAUAAACCUUUUCUAUUGAUACUAAAUAAAAAUUAAUUAAAUUAUUCAAAACAGUACUUAUUACUCCAGAAUAAACUAUUACUUGUGAAUUACCAUAAUAUAAUGAACCUUGUUUAUGUUUUAUUGAUUAAGGAACAUUAAAUAUUUGUGCCAAUAUUACAGAUAGAUCUGAAGGUAUUACAUUUUCUUAAGGUUAAUUUUUUGGAUUAGAAGAAUUAUUAACUGGUUAAUAGCCACAAAUAUAAUUACAAUCUUUGUCAUUUGUUAAAUUAUUAAUUUUAACAAGAACUGAUUUUAUUAAUACUUUAAGAGAUAAUCCAAAAGAUUAUGAAUCAUUUUGUUAAAUGAAAGAUGAAAUAUUAUUACAUUAAAGAGAUUCAAAAACAAAAUGUAAAUCUUGUAAUUGUAUGGGUCAUGAUAUUUAAAAUUGUCCUAUUGUUCAUUAUGUUAUUGAUAAAGAAAGAGUUAUCAAAUCAUAUUAAUUUUAAUCUGAAUAAAUUAGGGUUCCAGGUAUGAGAAAUAGAAGUCGUAUUAGAAAUUAAUUUAAUGCUAUUUUUGAUUAAUGGUUUUUAUAAGAAAUUGCAUCUAUGAUGAAAAAUCAUGAAGAUUUACCUAUUGUAUAAUUUUAUGGAAUCUAAUAUGUAGAUGAUUCUGAAAUUAAAUCACCAUAAUAAUAAUUAUUAUAAUCUAAAGAUUCUUUAAUUACUAAUGAACGUGGAUCAUUUAGUUAUGUUGAUUAAGUUAUAUAAAAUGCUGUUAGUCCUUCACCUCCUAAAAUAUAUGAUCAUUCUAUUUUUCGUAAAUUUUUAAUAUAAAUUAGAUCCUCAGAGUAAAGUUUAAAGAAGAAAUUAUCCUAAAUAAAGUAUAAGAAUUAAGAAUUUUGGUAUUAAAAUUAAAUUCUAAAAAAUUAUUAAGAAAGUUAUGAAAAUGCAAAACUAUUCUAAAGCAUUUACUAGAUAGAAUGAUAUAGAAUCAAAUCAUAGAUUUAAUAAAAACAUUAAAUUCAUAGUAGAUAAUUAUUUUAAAACAAAUUCAAUAAAAGAUUAUUUAAAUAAAGUUGAGUAUGAAAAUCUAUAUUUUCUAAAAAUGAAAUGUGAUUUAAUUUAAUAUUCAGAACUUAUUUUAUCCAAGCCUUUUGAGAUAUAAAAAGAAUAUUAAAUAUAUCAAGUUCAUAAUAAUUUAUCACAUGUAAUUAAGAAAACAGAUGCAUAUUUAGAAUAAUAAAAGAGUAGAAUAUCUUUUAAAUAAGAAACACCAAAAAAUGAUAAAUUAAUAUAAUUAAAUUAAGAAGAAAGAAAAGUUAUUUUAAAAGACAGCCUUAUAAGGUAUCUUUCCUAUCCAAAUUUAUACUUUUCAAAAUAUUAUGAUAAAAAUGAACCUUCUGAAACUCCUUAAUCAAUAGGAUAGAAAAAAGCAAGAGCUCUAUUCAAAGCUUACAAGAAAAGAUAAAUUAUGAGAUAAAAUGCAUUUCUUUUGCCUCUUUCUCAAAAAAAUGAUACCAAAGGGCUUAAGUCUUCUUUAGCUGUAGGAAUAAAUGUGAUAGUGCCUGAAAAUUGA